GUAAGUUCGAAUGUAUUUUAUUAUAUUUUUACGUUUUAAACCGAAAAUUUCUGGCGAUCAAGCGAAUUGUGUGAAGAUCAAAAAUAUGUAGGGCUUUUGUAUUAAUCUUCUCAUUGUGAUUUGUGAUUUAGCGGUGAAAGUUUGCUGAUAAUCUGCAAAGAUGUUAAACCGAGCUAUAAACUUCUUGAAACGGAAGAGAAAUGAGAAAGAAGAGAAGAGCGUAAAUGAUGGGACGAGUCAGGCAAUAGUACCAUAUAGCGCCACCCAGAAUCAGAAAGACAAUGUUCCAAAAAAAGAGGUUAAAAGUGAAGGCUUAUUCGCAAGGGCCUUUCGUAGGAUUAAGAGAAGAAUCUUUCGUGUUUGCCAACCACACGUUCCUGCAAUUUGUUUGUGUAAAACGCCGGCAAAUGGUACUAGAACCCAGGCAAGAUAUGAGAUCACGCCACAUCCUAGAGAUCAAUCAGACCUUAAAAGUUUAUUACCACGAGCAUACUAUUUCAACCAUUAUGUUUCAAUGCGUGAAUCAAGAACAUUUGAAUUUAAAACUGGUGGUGGUGCUUAUCCAAUCCAAAUACUGCCAGAGCACAUCAGAAAAUAUGGAACAGCAUUUUUAAACUCCAAUGGUGGAAUUUUGAUUGCUGGGAUCUUAGAUAAUGGCCUUAUUAAAGGGAUUUAUUGCGACCGCAGAAUGGAAGAUAGGAUCAGAUCAACUUUGGAAAAAGAAGUGUCUCAAUUUUAUCCACCGGUUGAUAGAUCGUUGUACAGCGUAAAUUUUGUUCCCGUGUACGACCAGAUGGCGGGACAGUAUAUCUUUAACCGAAAAAUUGUUGAGAUCAUCUUCAAAGGAGGCGAACCUUUGGCGUUAUAUGAAUCUGGUGAUCACAAGGUAUUUUUAAAGCGAGAAGGAAGUGUUGAAGGCCCGCUAUCGCCGCUACAGAUAAAAGAUGUUGUGCUGAGGAAAUAUCGCACCGUUUUGGCUGAAAGGAGAGAACAGAAUCUGACAUUGCUAUCACCUUGACUUCAGUCUUAAUAUGCGAUUAGGAUUCUCUUGAAGACUAACUAUGUUUUUUUUCCGGGAAUGAGCUGGCGAAAAUCCAAAUUUACGGAUCUUACAGCGCCUGCAGGCUUCAGCAAAAUGAUGUCGCUGCUUUGCCUUGUGUCUUGCAUACCAGGCAGUUUUUUUUCCGGGAAGAUAUUUUGAUAUCUAAUGCCCCCGGAUUAAACGAAGGUCAUAUAUAGUUUUCUAUAGUGUAAUAUAACGCACACAUCUCUACUCUGAA